AUGGACAAUUGUGAAAUUAAAGUUAUUUUAUCCAAGAGAGGAAAAGAAUUAGCCAAUGUUGGUACUUUUAAGUAUAGAUUUAUUGGAUCGAUUAAAAAAGGCGAGUUAUUAAAAUGGCGAUGCACAAAAAAUAAUUGUACAGCUAUGAUUUAUUCUGGACCAGAUAAAAAUAUCGUUAUUAAAUCAAGUGGACAACAUAAACAUAAAGGAAAUUCACCUAAUAAAUUAGAAAGGCAAGUAUUACGUGAAAAUUGUAAAAGACGUGCUGAAGAGUCACUAUCAACUCAACCUUUAAAGUUGAUUAGAAGUGAACUUUUAAAUAAACAAUCUUCAAUUGUUCAUAAAGAUUUAAAAACUCUUCCCAACCUUUUAUAA